CGUCGCUUCCCCUUAUUUGGAACCUUCAUCCGUUCCCCCAAAUAAAACCCUAGGUCAAUCCAGACGAUCUCUAAACUAACCGAGUCAAGAAAAUUCACUCGUCAGCUUCGUCAGAAAAAUAUCGUCCGGUAGGGUUUUUGCUUCCUUUUGCUGUCUCUCUGGAUAAGAAGUUCUCUCUAAUUUGUUUCCAACUCAUCCGAUUCAACAAUGGGAGCCAGCCGCAAGCUGCAAGGAGAGAUAGAUAGAGUCCUGAACAAAGUCCAAGAAGGCGUUGAUAUCUUGGAUAGGAUUUGGAAUAAGGGUUAUGAUACCGACAAGGCGAAUCAGAAAGAAAAUUUUGAGGCAGACUUUGAGGAGGAGAUUAAGAAGUUGCAGAGGUACAGGGACCAGAUCAAGACAUGGAUUCAGCCCAGCCAGAUCAAUGAUAAGGUUAAUGCCUCCUAUAAGCAGGGAUUGGUAGAUGCUCGUAAACAAAUUGAGCAUGAAAUGGAACGGUUUAAGACAUGUGACAAGGAGACUAAGAUAAAAGCUUUCUCCAAAGAAGGAUUGGCGCAACAACCUAAAACUGUAGGCAUUAACCAUUUCUCCCAUUGUUUUGUUGACAAGAUUUGAAACUGGAAUUGUAGUGAUAUGAGGGACAAGAAGAGGCCAAGUAAUAAAAAAGAUUGAACAAUUUGGGUAGCUAGGAUUAUUUUAUUUCUUUAAUCUCCUUACCAUUUUCGCCACCUAGUCUCGACCUCCAAGCUUCUUGCCAAUUUGGAGACUAAGUUUCUUCCUUGGUCACCAAGUUAGUGAAGGACAAACCUAUGAUCCGACAGAGAAGACAAAAUCAGAGACAGUAGAUUGUUGGAACAAUGAGGUUGGAGAGUUAGAAUCCCAGAUUGAUAACUUUGAAGCUAAGAUUGAGGGGCUAUCUGCUCUGUGAAGAAAGGAAAAACAAGACUGCCUAGACUCGUAUGGCAGAAAAUAUGAGUUAAUAUGAAUUAUAAUCUCUUUUGAUGUUCAUAACUUCUUUUCUCUUUGGGCACUGUUAAAGGAAAAACAAGGUUAAUAAUCAGAAAUAGUAAGAAUUCUAGUUAAGAUCGUUUUAUUAGGGUUCUUGUAAGGUGUAACUCAUAUAUUUCCAUAAAAAAGAAACAGUUCUUGUCCAAUACAUUGAUGAGGUGUGGAAGGAUAAUGCUCCCCUUUUGCCCUCUGAUCCUUAUACUAGAGCUCAAGCUAGAUUAUGAGGUGAUUUUGUUGACAUAAAGAUAUAUGACCGUGGGAGGAAAUUUUGUGUGACCAAAGGAGAGAGCAAGCAACAACUGAGAAGUAGUUCAUCGAAAAGCUUUUGAAGGUGCUGGAUGCUGAGCUCGGUGACAAGGUUUACUUUGUUGGAUCAAACUUGGGAUAUGUUGAUGUUGCUUUGGUUUAUUACAUCAAAUGAGAUCCUGGAGAGAAUUCAUGUAGAGACAAUAUAUUCAUGUUGAUAGC